UAAUACAUUUUGUUGCAAACCCUAAAAUUCCCCUAGUUGUUUUCUUGAAGUUGAAGAUGAUGAAGUCAGGUGCUCUUGAGCUUGGUGAGGCCUCUAAGGGUUCCACCACUCCAAAUACUGGGGUGAACAGAGGUGUCUCCAUAGUAGACUUCAUUCUAAGACUCAUCGCCAUUUUUGCCACCAUAGGAAGCGCAAUCGCCAUGGGAACAACAGAUGAAACGCUUCCUUUCUUCACUCGGUUCAUUCGGUUUAGGGCUCAGUACGAUGACCUUCCGACAUUCACGUUUUUUGUGAUUGCGAAUUCGAUAGUGAGUGCAUACUUGGUUCUAUCUCUGGCACUGUCCAUCUUCCACAUCAUGAGGAGUGCUGCACAAGGCACUAGGAUAGUCUUGAUCUUCUUUGACUCGGCAAUGUUGGCCCUCUUGACUGCGGGAGCUUCAGCUGCAGCUGCGAUCGUGUACCUCGCCCACAAGGGAAACACAAGGGUGAACUGGUUUGCGAUCUGCCAACAAUUCAACUCCUUCUGCAAGCGAACCUCUGGAUCUUUGAUCGGUUCAUUCGGAGGAAUUGUGGUGUUUAUCAUGUUGAUCUUGUUGUCUUCUGUAGCUCUUUCUCGACGUUGAUCAUCAUGUCGUCGUCAUCGUCUUCUUCUUCUGUGCAAUGUCCAUGCAUAUGAAAUAGACCGUAUCGUAGUAGCUCGUUACACUAUUGGUUUGUGUAUUUUUACGUGUGAUGUGAGUUUGAUUGUGUGAGAGUCAUGCAUUAUUGUUAUUAUUAUUUUCUUUCUUUUCUUUUUUUGUAUCCUGUGUCGCUGUUGUAUGUAAUGGAUUUACUCUCAAUCAAUGUAGUGAUUGUUUGAAA